AUGAAUGAAAAGAAUGAUACUAAUAUCAAAUGCCCAAAUUCAGAACAUGUCAAUAAUGUAAAAUUAGUAUGUUUUAAUGAAUCUUGUAAAGCAGAUAGAUUAUAAUGCAUUUAAUGUAUAUAAAAUGGAAUUCAUGUUUCUCAUGUUUAACAUUAAUAAGAUUUACCAUUUUUGUUUGAUCAUAUUUUAAAUAUUGAAAAUUAUGUGAAGACUUAAUUAUAGAUUUGA